UCAAGAUGGAAGAAACUGGUUUGAUUUUUGUCGGAAUUAUUGGUUUACUUUUAUGUCUUCUCAUAACAAUAUUUAUACUGGUAGUUUAUUCUGGCUUGUUUCUUACCCCAGAAGUUGGAGCAGGCCAUCCUCAUUUUGGUGAAAUUGUCGUAGCAUACAAGUUUUGUCGUGGGUCGUACAAAGAAGCUGGUCCGUUAUUCACCGAAGUAGCUAUAAUAGCGCCAGACAACAAAGCCAUUGGCAUAUAUUACGACGACCCACAGUUGGUCAAGGCUGAUGACCUCAGGUACAUAGUUGGAUCAAUACUGUCUGAAGAUAACUCGGAAAUAGAUGAAGACUUGAAGAAAAAGUUUCUCGAUAAGGAUUUUAAGCUGCACACGUUGCCCCUAGUCACCAAUGUUGUGAAGACGACAUUCCCCUACAUAAGUCUUCUUUCUAUUUUCAUUGCCAUUUACAAAGUUUAUCCAAGGAUUGGAGCCUAUGUUGAGGAACACAAGUUGUGUGCACAUCCUAUAGUGGAGAUGUAUGAUGGGAAGAACAUUAACUUUAUGGCUCCGCUGGCCAAACAGGAUGAGUUCUACGUCCCAGAGUGUGCUGCCUCUACUGCUGAGAAGAUCCAAGAUCUCGAAACCAGUCUGGACGAGUCAACCAUCAAAGAUACCAGUCUGUCGGGAGGGGACCAGUCUCUCGAGUCCAGUUUUCUGGAAUCCAGUGUAACACCAGACAGAAUGACUGUAGGUGAUAGUGCUGAUGUUCUGACUGACCCAGUCAUGGCAGACCCAGUCAUCCCAGCAGUUGAAGAAACCAAGCUGGGAGAGUUUGCUACAGCAACCGAAGUUACUUCCCUUGACUUAACUUCUCAGGGGAAGAAAGAAACUGAGAGCGGAUCCGAGGCAAGUACAACGUCUUCGUUCGAAGACAUAAAGAUGGAGACAGAGGAUCUGACACAUGAAGAAACCAAGAAAGAGCAGUAGACAGAUUACUAAAAAAUUAGACCUGUUCAGAAGUACUCAAACAAUUAGUCAAAGCCAAAACAAUUUAAUUAGUAUCGGUAAGUUCUUCAUGAAAAUAUCAAUUUAUUUGUAUUAAAAGGACUAUCCUGAGUUUUUAGAUCUAGCAAGAUUUUUGUUUCUUCCCCCCCC